AGCCUCCGUCCGCCUCUUCGUGAUGUUCUGUGGUGUUUCCUGCUGUCUCUCCCCCAUCGGUGUGUUUGGAUUUUGAUUUCGUGUUCCUCUUUGUGAUUCGAACUUUGCCUUUUUCUUUGCACUUUGUUUAGUUUUUAGUUGCUACCUCUCAUGUGGGUUUUUUCUAAGCCUCCUGGUUUUUGUACCUUUCAGCUUGUUGAAAUCAAGCUUGCUUUUGUGUCCCAUGUGUGUCUGUGUUUGGGUCCACGUCUAGUUUCCCACAUUCUGUAAUAACAGCAGCCAUAGUAGGCGAGGAUCUGUUGAUCACCCGCGUACACACUGCUACGACAUAAACUUUGGGGCUCUGGACAAACAGUUAAAAUUGUAUUUUUGUUGAGCCGGAUUGAGACAGAAAUGCUCUGAGAUUAUGUGAUUUUUACCUCUGUAUAUUAGAUGUUUGACUCUUAUUUGAAUAAAAGGCUGUCUUGCAUAGGAAAUAAACAUGCUCAUUAAAAAAAGGGAGUUUUGACAUUUCAUAGCAUCCAGCAGGCCUUUAUAAACCGACUAUAUUCAGUGACUGAAGCAUGAGCAUCCAAAAGAUUUAGAGCUCGCUCACACACACACACACACACACACACACACACAGAGCAAAGACCUCCUACAUCCUCACACACCCAUAAAGCUUUUUCCACACGCCCUCCCAUCAUUCACCACUGCCCGGCAGGAAGCACAUCAGUAUCUCACGCUCUCGGCGACCUGCCGGUGAGCGCAGAGUUGGACAGACUGUGUGGACUCUCCUGGAACGCCUGCAUGCGCGUAAACACAGACAAGAAAAACACAGACAAAAGAAUAUUUGAACAGUCAAAAAAAACCUAACAAUCUGGACUGUGGGUGACUGACUGCAACGAUGACGGCGAUGGCUCUCAUAAUGUUGGUAAUUGUGAUGAUGAAGAUGGCAGCAGCCUCGGCGCCCGACACUGAGACGGAUGUUAAACCCGGAGCUGAUGAGUCCGUCCUGGCCGAGCAAACCCUGUCAAUCUGCAACCAGCUGCCACCCGAGGUCACAGAAAUCCCCUCCAACAUCUCCAGUGACACUGAAUGCCUGGAAGUUAAGCAGACGCAGAUCGCAGUGAUUCCCCGGGGCGCUGUCGGCCGCCUGCAGCACCUCGGGAUACUCAUAAUAUCUAAGAACGAAGUGCUGGAGAGCAUCGGUGCGUUCGCCUUCGCCGGCCUCCUUCAGCUCACCAAUAUCUUCAUCUCUGAGAACAUGGAGUUGGCGAGUAUCGGGGCGUUCGCUUUCUCUGAUCUCCCUGAACUCACCGAGAUGACCAUAACAAAGUCAAAACACCUGCGACACAUCCAUCCAGACGCAUUCAGGAACAUCGUGAAACUCCGGGUUCUGAUCAUCUCCAACACCGGACUGAGAAUGUUUCCAGACUUCACCAAGAUCCACUCGACGGCCCCUGACUUUCUUUUUGGCCUGCAAGAGAACAGCCACAUCGAGAGAGUCCCCGUCAACGCUUUCAGAGGCCUCUGCACUCAAACUAUCAGCGAGAUACGGCUCACCAGAAAUGGAAUCAAGGAGGUGGCAAGUGACGCCUUCAACGGCACAAAGAUGCACAGAUUGCGCCUCAGUGGCAACCAGCAGCUUACUCACAUCAACCCCGACGCCUUUGUGGGUUCCAGUGAGUUGGUGGUACUGGACGUUUCCCACACAGCCCUCACUUCCCUGCCGGACAACAUCCUCGGCGGACUCCAGAAGCUGAUGGCGGAGUCCGUCUUCCAUCUGAAGGAGCUUCCUCCGCUGCAGCUCUUCAGUAAACUCCAGGAGGCCUACCUGACGUACCCGUCGCACUGCUGCGCCUUCCACAACGUGCACAGGAACAGAUCGAGUUGGAACGCGCUCUUCUGUUCGCACCCCGACGCUCGGGGCAUGCCUCACUUCUACAAGGACCACUGCUCCAACUCCACGGCCAUCAUCUGCACCCCGACCCAGGACGAACUCAACCCGUGUGAGGACAUCAUGUCCGCCGUCCCACUACGGAUCCUCAUCUGGAUCAUCUCCAUCCUCGCCCUGCUGGGGAACACCGCGGUGCUUCUGGUCCUGCUGGGCAGCCGCUGCAAACUGACUGUUCCCCGUUUCCUCAUGUGCCACUUGGCCUUUUCUGACCUCUGCAUGGGCAUCUACCUGGUCGUCAUAGCGACUGUAGACAUAGUCACCCGUGGGCGGUACUAUAACCACGCCAUAGACUGGCAGACGGGCCUGGGCUGCAGAGCCGCAGGCUUCUUCACGGUUUUCGCCAGUGAGCUGUCAGUGUUCACGUUGACAGCGAUCACCCUGGAGCGCUGGUACACCAUCAAACACGCUCUGCGGCUCGACCGCAAACUUCGCCUGAGACACGCGUGUAUCGUCAUGACGGCGGGGUGGAUCUUCUCCUCCCUCGCCGCCCUGCUGCCCACGGUUGGGGUCAGCAGCUACGGCAAGGUGAGCAUCUGCCUGCCCAUGGACGUGGAGUCUCUGGUGUCUCAGGUCUAUGUGGUGUCUCUCCUCCUCCUCAACAUCCUGGCCUUCUUCUGUGUGUGCGGCUGUUACCUCAGCAUCUACCUGACCGUCCACAACCCCUCGUCCGCGCCGGCCCACGCCGACACCAGCGUGGCCCAGCGCAUGGCCGUCCUCAUCUUCACCGACUUCGUCUGCAUGGCUCCCAUCUCCUUCUUUGCCGUCUCAGCCGCCCUCAAGCUCCCUCUCAUCACCGUCUCAGACGCCAAAAUCCUGCUGGUUUUCUUCUACCCGAUCAACUCGUGCUCCAACCCCUUCCUGUACGCCUUCAGCAACCGCACCUUCAGGCGGGACUUCUUUCUCCUCUCGGCUCGAUUCGGCCUGUUUAAGACCCGGGCGCAGUUUUACCGUACAGAGAGCUCAACCUGUCAGCAGCCAACGUGGAUCCCUCCAAAGAGUAGCCACAAGAUGCUGUACUCACUGGCCAAUGCACUAAGUCUGGAUGGGAAACACGAGGGUUGACUGUCAUUCAAAAACAGACAGACGUUCUGCUGGAUUGUCAAGAGAGGGGUCUUAUUUCCAUCUCCAGGGAAGUCCUUAAAGUUACAAGAAAAUGUAUUUCCAUCUGUGGAAUUUGAACAGACUGUUAGGUCAAAGAAAAAGAAUAUUGGACGUACAUAAACAUAAAGUUGCAACAUGAAGAAACAUUUAUUUGGAACUUUUCUGUGGUUUGCUGAAACGUAUUUAGCUUUUUUGGGCACAUUUGAAACACAAACUGUUGUAUCCUGGAGCUCUGAACAGGAUCAGGUUACUGAUACAACAUGCCACAGACGUUCACUGACGGCCCAACAUUACCCCAAAGCUGACUCGGCCCUUAUGCUUUGGAUGACAUCGGAUGCAUCUUUGAUUUGUUGCCAGUAUCCUUGGCCUGUAUGACAGCUGCUCACUGCUCUGGCCUGACCUCAGGCAUGCAAAUACAGAGGGCACAAGUGUCCACUGUGACACAUGGGUAAACUCUCCUACAUGCACAGUGUCCAUAGUAAAGAUAGCUCUAGAACAACUGCAGACACUUUGACCAGAUCUAGGUCAAACAGCUGUCCCAGAUAAUUCCCUGCGUUUGUUUUAAGUCGAUUGAAAAGGCCCGAUUGGUGGAGUUCACCGCAACUGAGUCUGCAGGCAGGAAGAGCAGAAGCAAGGAGUAAACUGAUUUUUCACUCUCACUCUCACUCGUCGUCUUGCGCUCUCAGAAAUGCCAUCCAUCUGGUGUCCCGAGAUGAUGAAACGAACCGGAGCGCUUUGAAACAGUUUAAUAAAGGUUUCGACACUCGGGAUAUCCAGCACACACGCAUCGAGAAAAAAAAGCAACAUUCAUUUAACAUUCAGCAUCAUGACUGAACGAUAUUCAUUAAGAAACACACCGCAGGGACCCUCUGAUUAAUAAUCUCCUCGUAUACUCUGUCUGCUGUGGCUCACCGUGUCCCUGUUACCCUUCAGUUUGCCUGUUUUUAUGUUAUAUAUGACAGACGUGUCAUUAUGUUUGUGAAUGAAACUAUUAUUGCGCCACUCUUGUUUUUAUAUCUGUGUGUUUUUUGCACAAAAUGUAUUUUUGUGGUGUUUUUCAGUUAUAAACGUGUUUAUUAAAUCAUC